CGCAGUCAUUUGGAAUGAUUUGAUGUUUCUCCUGAGUACAAGAAGCUGCAUGUAGAUCACAGAGCAUAUAGGUACAAUGGAAUCUGCAACAAAGCCUUAUUGCUGUGUUGUGUGCUCAAAGAGGACUAAGGCCAAGGACAGAAGACCUGUAGGAGGCAUAACCAACAAAGCAUUUAGAAAAUACCUAGAAAAAUGUUUCAUGAUCAAAGCGGUUGAUGGUGACAUUACUUGUGGAAAGUGUCGCAUGAAAUUUUAUAAUAAGAAGACAUCUCAACAUAUUGUUGCCAAUAAUUCUAUUUCAGAUGUCCCCAAAGAGGUUGAUGUUGUAGGCAAAGUAAAGUCUCCUCGCAACAUUUCUCUAAAGUUGUCGUCUGUGGCAGGAUCGUCAAACAGCACUUGUUGUGUAUGUCGAAAAGGGAUGAGAAAGUCCAUUGUAGUGUCAACAUUUACAAGAUUUAACACUUUUGUAGAUCAUAACAUUAUCAUCAAACAAGGUGCAAGAUGUUGUCCAAAGCAUUUUGAAGGAAGCAUGAAGUUUACCUCUGAUGCCCUAUUGUUAUUGCAACAGAAUACCAAAUCUGUCACAGAAUUCAACAAGACUGAUUUAUUACAUUUAGUUACAAGUUUGCGUGAUGCUGCACUCAAAAACAAAGAAAGACGCAUGGAUUUUGAUGGUGAUUGUUUCACAGAUGCAGAUUACCUGAACCUGAUGGGAGUCAGCAAAGACUCUUUUGAUGACAUCUGUAAACAUGUUAAAGACAUACGUCAUACAGCCGUUAGAAGUAUUAGGACAUGUCUUUGAAUUUUCUUGACCAAACUGCGAUCUGGAAUGUCAAACAAAAUGUUGUCCACUCUGUUUAAUGUUGGUCCAGAUGCUAUAAAAAGAGCAAUUACAUCAGGAAGAAAGGCAUUAAUGACAGACUUUGUUCCAAAAAACAUUGGCUUCAAUCAUGUUACAAGGGAGGAAAUUAUUUCAAAUCAUACAAGACAUUUAGCACAAACAUUAUUUGGAGGACCCCUUCUACCAGCAAUACUUGUCAUAGAUGGCACAUACAUCUACAUUCAGAAGAGCUCCAAGUUUCAGUUUCAGCGUCGGUCCUACAACAUGCACAAACACAGGCCUUUGGUUAAACCAAUGAUCUUCGUUUCAACUACUGGUUAUAUUGUCAGUGUGCUUGGUCCAUACUUGAGUGACUCCAAAAACAAUGAUGCUGAAAUUUUGAAACAUGCAUUAAAAACAGAUGAGGAGGCCAUAAGAUCAUGGUUACAGGAAGAUGACAUUUUCAUCGUUGACAGAGGCUUUCGGGAUUCUAUUGAUUUCUUGGAGGCUAUGGAAAUCAAAUCAGAAAUGCCCUCUUUCUUAAAAAAGAAUCAGAAGCAACACACAGUAGAGGAAAGUAACACAUCUAGGCUGGUGACAAAGCUGAGAUGGGUAGUAGAGUCUGUCAAUGGACGCUUGA